AUGGCUCUGAAAUACUUGGCAUUGAACUUGCUGCUGCAAGGGCUGGCUCUCGCGGGCGACGGCUGCCCUGCGGUACGCCCUCCCGCGCCGAUCUCCGAACCGGCCCCGCCAGCAGCAACUCCGGAGACGGCCAGCAGCACCGAGGCCGCCGUGCAGGUGUCAGCUGUGCCGACGACUUUCUCUGUCAGGGUCUCCCCCUCUGCCAUGCCAUCGCCCGAUGCGCCCUCGACCGACACGACUGGCGUGGACUCGGUGUCUGUCUCGCCAACGAUCCCUCCCGCCGCUUCCGGGACACUAUCUGCCGCCGCGGAGAAGUUCACCGGCUUAGGUACUAGAUACGGAGGCACUUGCACUGAGGAGGACUGCUGGAACAGCGGUGCUUGCAGCUUUGUCGGCUACAAUCUCCCUGCCGGCAUCGACGGUUCGACCUGCGUAUCCGAAGACAUCUGGAACAAUGGCGCCAACUGCGGCGGCUGCAUCUCGGUUACAUACAAGGGCAAGACCAUUACUGUCAUGGUUACCAACCUGACGGGCGGAAACGCGACGCACCUUGACAUGACUCCCAGCACCUGGGCGAAGCUGACCAACGGCUAUUCCGGCGGUGGUGUCGAUGGAAUUGUCUGGGAGUGGGUGACGUGCCCUAUCGCCCAGACGACUCCUCUGUUCAUCAAGAUGCAUGCCGGCUCGUCCAAGUACUGGUUCGCCGCUACCGUCGAGAACGCCCGGGAGCGGACCGCGAAGGUGGAAGUCAGCAGCGACAAAGGAUCGACGUGGAAGGAGACCAGCCUCAAGAACUACAACAUGUAUGUCCUGGAUGGCGUUCUCCCCGACAACACUGCCUAUGUCCGUGUCACCAGCAUCUCGGGCAGCCAGGUGAUUGUUCCAGACGUCGACCUGUCCUCUGGGGUUGUCACCAAGGCAUCCAAGAACUACUAA